CACUUGCGUGCGCGCACGUGUGUAUAUGUAAGUGUAUGGGUAUUUUUUGAUUUUUAAAUAAAACAAGAUGCUGAUCUCGCAGGAGGUGAUCUCAAAAGCGGAAGAAAUCGCUGAUCAGGUAAUCCGCAAUGGAAAACACAUAUUGCCAACUCUUGCAAGACUUUGUCUUAUAGCCACAUUUCUAGAAGAUGGAUUAAGAAUGUGGUUUCAAUGGUCGGAACAGAAAGAAUUUAUGAAUAACAGUUGGCAUUGUGGCACGUUCUUAGCUACAAUGUUUGUCUUGGUUAAUUUAAUUGGGCAGCUAGGUGGUUGUGUUAUGGUUAUUGGCAGAUGGAAAGUCAGCAUUGCCUGUGGAAUCCUGUUUUUCAUAGUUGUCCUUCAAACACUAGCUUAUGACAUUUUAUGGGAUAUAACAUUUCUAUUCAGAAAUUUGGCACUGAUAGGAGCCCUUCUUUUGGUUCUGGCUGAAUCAAGAGUAGAAGGAAGAUCAUUGUUCGCCGGUGUACCAAGUCUUGGAGAUAAUAAACCUAAAAAUCUCUUACAAUUGGCUGGCAGAAUUUUGUUAGCAUUUAUGUUUACUACGUUAAUUCGCUUUGAAAAAUCAUUCCUCCAAAUUAUGCAAGAUAUUCUUGGAAGUAGUUUAAUGGUAUUAGUGACUAUUGGAUAUAAGACCAAACUCAGUGCAUUGUUACUUGUCUUAUUAUUGUCUGCACUGAAUCUUUAUCAUAAUGCAUGGUGGUCCAUUCCAGAGUAUAAAGCACUUAGAGACUUUCUCAAGUAUGACUUCUUCCAGACAUUAUCAGUGAUUGGUGGCCUUUUAAUGAUAGUCUCUUUAGGUCCUGGAGGUGUAUCAAUGGAUGAGCAUAAAAAAGAGUGGUAGGGGUAAUGGUAUCACCUGAAUGCACACCAUUACAUUGUCAUGAUCAUUAAGUAACAGCAGUCUCCCAUUCCUGUUCCUUUAUAUGCUCAAUCAAGUCUAUAAUAAGUUUAUUGUUUAUUGGACAAGAAGCUAUAAGAUACAUUCGUUUUGAAUUAUUCAGUUUGGGUAAAGGAAUUGUUAAAAUAGAGUUUAAAAUGUGUACUCCAAGUCACAAAUUAAAAUACAUGGAACUACAGACAAGAGAAAAAAAAA